AUGGGCUGCGGCUGCUCACACGCUAAGAAUUUGGUGGAUACUCCCGUGGCUUGCGCGCAGCGAUCAAGGCGUGCAAGCAUUGAAGUUCCAACCCUGUACGACCUAGGAGCACUUCUUGGGUCAGGCACGUUCGCCAAGACGUACAAGGGCAAGAGGAGGACCGACGGGUUCGAUGUCGCGGUCAAAGUGAUCCUGAAGAAACAUCCCAACUACAAGGCGACGCUGGUCGAGAGGGAGAUCGACAUCAUGAGCAGGAUCCAAUGCCCACGUUGCGUAUCGCUCAUGGACGUCAUCGAGACACCCACAGCCAUCUACCUGGUGGAGGAGCUGUGCACAGGUGGAGAGUUGUUUGAGCGCCUGAUACAACUUGGCCAUAUCAGUGAGAAGGACGCCGCCGUUAUUAUCAAGCAGGUCAUCGAGGGCAUCGCGUACCUUCACAGCAAGGAGAUCGUUCACAGGGACAUAAAGCCAGAGAACCUCCUGAUGAUGUCGUCGAACUCCAAGUCGAUGCAGUACAACAUGGUGAAGAUCACGGACUUCGGCCUCAGCUCUCUCAAGCACCAGGAGGACGACUCGAUGACCACAGCCUGCGGGACCCCCGAAUACAUGGCGCCGGAGAUGAUUCAUUGUGCAUUGAUCAAGGACAAGAAGAGAAGAGCCGGGCAAGGAUAUGGCGAGGCUGUGGACAUCUGGGCGAUUGGGGUUAUCCUUUACAUUAUGAUCUGCGGCUACCCGCCAUUCUUUCAUGAAAACAGAGCUGUCAUGCUGUUCAACAUCCAGCACGGCUGCUACAACUUCAAUUCAGAUGAAUGGAGAGGCAUAUCCAAAAGGACUAAGGAGUUCGUGUCGCUGCUGUUGACCGUGGAUCCAAAGUUUAGGCCGACAGCAAGCCAGCUUCUCCGCCAUCCAUACAUCACCAACAUCAAGACUCUCGACACAAGGAACCUCAACAGCACGGCCAAACUUUCCAUGUACAUGGAGACUCGUAGGAGCCGUAAGGCUUUGAAUGCGGUAAGAGCUGUGAAGAGGAUGGAGAUUCUUGUACAACACCCGAGCCCAUCGUUCAAAGAAACGAGGGAGAUCACAAGGUUGCAAAUGAUCGACCGCCUGAAAUUGAUUCAGAGCGACAUCAACAUUGAAAGCGACAUCCACAUCGGGGAGUUGAACAUCAUGUAGAUCAAAGUGCAGGGUGUUCUCUUAGAUGCGUGUACCAUAGAAGCAACAUGUCCUAACGUCAGAUAGAACUCAGAUGUAUGUGUACAAUAAUAUAAAUGUGUAGAUUCAUUCUUCUUUACAAUAAAAUUACUCUUCUAAGACU